UGCCUCGAGACAAGAUGCGCGUUGGUCGAUGUCGUGCCUCGGCGGGUUUGGAAGUUACGGGCCCGAGGGCCCUGGUCCGGUUGCAGCUUUCUCCCGGGUUCCUCCCCGCCGCUCCUCCGGGUCCGUGGGUCCUCUGCAGCCCGCCUUCCCCACCCCGGGCCGCCCCUGUUGCUCGCGUUUCUCUACCCCCAAGUAUUGCCCUGACUGAAGAGCUCCUUGAAAGGUUCUUGAGAAGAUAAAGAAGGUAGUGGGGACGAGCCUCCGGAGCUGCUCCAGCCCUAAAUGGCAGCAGAAUCAAGAAAGUUGUUAGCCCCGUCCCCAUCUGACCAAGCUCCUGAGGAAGACCUUGUCAUCGUCAAGGUAGAGGAAGAUCAUGGCUGGGACCAGGAAUCCAGUCUGCAUGAAAAUAACCCUCCCGGCCAAGAGCUGUUCCGCCUGCGCUUCAGAAAGUUAUGCUACCAGGAGACGUUAGGGCCCCGAGAAGCUCUGAUCCAACUUCGCGCACUUUGCCAUCAGUGGCUAAGGCCGGAUUUGAACACCAAGGAGCAGAUCUUGGAGCUGCUGGUGCUGGAGCAGUUCCUGACCAUCCUGCCCGAGGAGCUGCAGACGCUGGUGAAGGAACAUCAGCUGGAGAACGGAGAGGAGGUGGUGACCCUGCUGGAGGACUUGGAAAGGCAGAUUGACAUACUAGGGCGACCGGUCCCAGCCCGUGCACAUGGACAUGGACUCUGGGAGGAGGUGGUGCAUUCAGAGUCUGCACCAGAGCUUCCAGAUGCUCCGCUCCGAUCUGUGACAACCCAGCACAAACCUCCAGUGCCCCAAGGGCCGCAAGAGAGAGCCAUCUCUACUUCUCAGAGUCCUACCCCUUCCCAGAAGGGAAGUCCUGGAGACCAGGAGAUGACAGCAACACUUCUCACAGCAGGGUUCCAGACUUUAGAGAAGAUCGAAGACAUGGCUGUGUCCCUAAUUCGAGAGGAGUGGCUUCUUGAUCCAUCCCAGAAGGAUCCCAGUAGAGAUAAUAGGCCAGAGAAUUACCGAAACAUGUUCUCCCUGGGUGGUGAGACCAGGAAUGAGAACAGGGAAUUAUCUUCGAAACAGGUAAUAUCUACUGGACUCCAACCACAUGGAGAGACAGCUGCCAAAUGCAACGGGGAUGUUAUCGGGGGUCUUGAGCAUGGAGAAGCCCGAGAUCUUCUGGGCAGAUUAGAGAGGCAGCGGGGAAAUCCCACCCAGGAGAGACGACAUAAAUGUGAUGAAUGUGGGAAGAGCUUUGCUCAGAGCUCGGGCCUUGUUCGCCACUGGAGAAUCCACACUGGGGAGAAACCCUAUCAGUGUAAUGUGUGCGGUAAAGCCUUCAGUUACAGGUCAGCCCUUCUUUCCCAUCAGGAUAUCCACAACAAAGUAAAGCGCUAUCACUGUAAGGAGUGUGGUAAAGCCUUCAGUCAAAACACAGGCCUGAUCCUGCAUCAGAGAAUCCAUACUGGGGAGAAGCCGUAUCAGUGCAAUCAGUGUGGGAAGGCUUUCAGUCAGAGUGCGGGCCUUAUUCUGCACCAGAGAAUCCACAGUGGGGAGAGACCCUAUGAAUGUAAUGAGUGUGGGAAGGCUUUCAGUCAUAGCUCUCACCUCAUUGGACAUCAGAGAAUCCACACCGGGGAGAAGCCCUAUGAGUGUGAUGAGUGUGGGAAAACCUUCAGGCGGAGCUCACAUCUUAUUGGCCAUCAGAGAAGCCACACUGGGGAAAAACCCUACAAAUGCAAUGAGUGUGGGAGGGCCUUCAGUCAGAAGUCAGGCCUUAUUGAACAUCAGAGAAUCCACACUGGAGAAAGACCCUAUAAAUGUAAAGAAUGUGGGAAAGCUUUCAAUGGGAACACGGGCCUCAUACAGCAUCUGAGAAUUCACACAGGGGAGAAGCCCUAUCAAUGUAAUGAGUGUGGGAAAGCCUUUAUUCAGAGGUCAAGUCUCAUUCGGCAUCAGAGAAUCCACAGUGGAGAAAAAUCUGAAUCCAUAGGAGUUUAGGAACAAAGCACAGUCGUAGUUUGGGCAUUAUUCCACAUUAGAGAAACCACAUGCUGGUGAGGGC